UGUUUCAGUUGGUGUACUCCGUGUACUCAAUGUUUUGGUCAAAGGCGUCAAAGGUCUAAAUGUCGUCUGCAUCGUCAGUGUUAAAAAUGAUUCUAAAUUAUUAUUUUAAGACACGUCAGUGAUAGUAAUUACGAAUAUGAAUAAGCUAAAAAUCUGAAGGAAGACGUACUGCGAGAAAAUUAACGCAAAUAAUAUUCAAAAUGCGAGAAGAUUGUGUUGUUUGAGGAGGAGCAGUCGGCUUAGAAGUCAACGAUAAUCGACGAAAUUCAAAAGUGGUGUCUAUGUUUUUCGGAGCUGUCAGUUUUAUCGGUUUAUCAUUCGUGAUAUCAAAAAUCGUAUUGAUUUGUGUGAAAGCUCUUCAGAAACGUAGUGAUAAUUCACUGGAUUCAACAGUGUCAAGAUUCUGCUUUUAAAAAUAAGAUAUGGAUUAUUCCACUGAUUCACAAGAAUUUUGUGGCAAUACUCCACCCGGCGUUUCUGAUUGCCGAAAGCUUGUGAAGAACAUAUUAUCUCAAAAAGUAUUUGUCGGAGAAUAUGCUGCGAGACGAUAUGUUGAACAAUUGGGAGAUUACAGGGACGUUAUCGUCUGCAAUGAAACGGAAACUGACUUAAUCAAGUUUCUACAGGCGAUUCAAAAAAUUGUGGCCACAGAGUAUGGGAACAAAAAAUGGCUUGGAAUCACAAGAAAUACAGAAACCAAGGACCAAAAUGGUUACUGCUUAUGGGUCAAGUUGGAGGAAUUACCAUUCGGCAAACACUGGUUCCAAGUGCGCUCUGUGAAGUUCAGAGAGAAAGAGAUAUACCUACAAUUAAAAUAUCUUCGGCCCUAUCAAGCGGAGGAGAAGAAACUCGACGUCGAAGAGUUCAUGACAGUAAAUUUCAGAGAGAUAUGCACUCUAGGUAACCUUUGUGAGGCAUCGAAAUUCAGUAUGGUACUAAUUCUAACAAUCGCCACUUGUAUUGUGAAAGGUGGAGCUUUCUUUCUCGACUUCGUAGUAAAAAUGACCCACGAGUUAUCGAUUUUAAUUCAUUCUCUGACUCCAGUCAUGAUAACGAUGAUAAAUACCAUAGCAAAAUGCAUAGGCGGAUUUUAUUGGCUUCUUUUCAUGUUGUGGAGGGGAAAUUCAGUUCAACCUCCGAGACAAGUUCCGAUAUACAGCAAUCGACUUGCUAUCAUGGAUAGAAUGGAUGAUUCCAUGGCUUCCAUGUCAUCUUCGUACAGUAGACGAAGUACAAAUACAAAUCCGUGGCCCUCCGAAAGAAGAAAGAGCGGAAGAGAGUGGUAGUUGGAGAGAAUUUUUCUAAUUCAUAAACCCACUUUUUUUUUAUUCCGCGUUUGGAAUUCGCAAUUGAGUGAUUUUCUAAAGCAGAAAUGCAAAAUUAAAAGGAAGUGUUUUUGAAAACGCGUAUAAUUUACCGUUUGACGAAAACCAAAGGUAUUUUCUUAAACAGUAUCUAAGUUUUAGUAAUUAGUUUAUCACUAGGUACAUAUAUGUUUUAUAGUAAACUAGUGUAUGUACGUUUUUACUGUUCUGGUAUAUUUAAAAAAAUCGUUUAACACGUCUGAAAAUAUUUUUUUUUUCAAAUCUGUCAAGCUUAGAAACUGUUUUCUUUUCUAAACAAAAUGAUUAUGGGUACAAUUAAUCUUGAGAAUAAAUUUGUAUAAAGAAAAUAUGAAUUUUCAGUUUCAAUAAUGAUUGUGAUUAAAGUUAUUUCUUUUGGUGAUAUUAAGGAACUUAUUUUAUUGUAUUGUCAGAGAAAUUGGUUAAAUAUUAUAAUAGGAUAUUUGCUAAAAAUCAUUAUUUAUACAAAAUGAUUGUAAUUUUUAUAAAAUAUAAAAUAAUAGUGUUAGUUGUGCAAGUACUCGAGUUCAAAAGUAAGGUUACCUAAUAUUAGUCAAUAACUUUAUUUCAAAUAAUAAAAUUUUCUGUUACAAUUUUAAUUGUUAUUGUACGUUAUUUGCGUGUGAUUGAGUAUAUUAGAGGAUUUUUCUUUUGAUCUCAAUCCCUUGCAUUACUGAAAUUAACAGUUUGUAAAUACCGAGUGGCAACACAAAAGAGUUUAGUAUGUAUUUCAAUAAACAUAUUC